UACGUCAUUCAUAUCUCAGUGGCGGCAAAUGCUAAUGCUACCAACAAUGCUAACGUGUGGAAGGAGGUUAAUUUCGAUUUUAUUAUUUUUAACUGAAUGCUUAUUAUGAUCGCGUUGAUAUUGGAGGCUCUCACUUGGAAAAUGAAUUUGCCCAUCAACUUAACUGUAAGGAUUGUUUAGGAUAUCUACAACAGGAAUGUUAUUGGUGGUGAAGUCCUGUGUUGUAACAAGGGUUUGGGGAAAAUUGUUGAGUAACUCGGGACAUUGCGAUUUAAGCGGCCCCAAAUGUCACUGAACGACGACUCUGAAAAUAACAUUUGGGAUUACAAACCUCUUAAGAAAAAGAAGAAACAAGAAUCUCCUCUUGUCCCCAAAACAGUAUCCAAGAGAAGAUGCACAACCAGAGGAGCAAAUCAGGGACACACUUCUUCCUCUGCUCUAUCGCCUUUAAACACGAUAAACGUUACUACAAGAUCAACAGUACAAUCUGAACCAGUGCCUGUUUUAAUAAAAGAAGAAAACAAGACUCGAGACACGUCGAAGGCACAGGUCAACAUUUCAAAUCAUGAAACUACCCUUAAUUGUAACAUCAAUGGCGAGGAGGGGGAAUCAGCUGGAGACUACUGUCCUGUGUGUCAGAUGCCAUUUUCCAUUCUGGUGGUGCAGUCUCAGAGAUGGCAUGUUGUUGAGUGUCUUGACUUCUGCAGAAAAUCAUGUAAAGAGUGCCCGGAUGGCCUCCUGUGCUCCUCUUCCUUUCCAAACCACUACAGAAACUUUAACCACACUCUGCUGGCACAAAGUCGAGCCAGUGGAGAUCUCGUUCUGCCUCAGACAACAGCAAGAGACACAGGAAUUGGACCCACAAUUACAGAACACAGUGGACCAGUAAAUAAUCAUGUGGACGAAGUGGAUAAUUCAGCUUUAAAGACUUCACAAGACAAUUUCUCUACACACUCUUUGGCUUCUUCCGCUAUUAUUAAUAACCAUACAAAUUCACCCAGAAUUCCCAAUAGCCUUCUUCUACUGCGCUCACCUGCCCCGCAAGAUUUAAAGAAAAAGAAAGGCUGGUCCUCCCCUAAAGUCCCAAAAUCCCCUAAAGUCAGCUCUGGCCAAGAUACUAAAGCAGAGACUCCUGUCAAAAAAGUAUGUCAUAUUCAAGCUUGUAGUAGCAUUCUUAAAAGUGUGCCUUCACCGUUGGAAGUUGACGAUGCAAUAUCCUACUCCCCUCUUUCCGAACUCCCAGUAGAGAUUGAAACUAAUCAUGCUGGUCCUAGAAAAACACUUUUUGAUAUUGACCCAGGUGGUAGAGAGAAUAAAGAUUCUGUUGUACCAUUUAGUGAUAGUGAAGAUGAUAAUUUAUUUGCCGAAUUACUGGACAAUUUGGAUAAUGAGGAGACAACCGUGUCUUGUUCACCUAACACCCAGGUGGUUUCAUUUACCUCAUUACAGCAAAGCAAUCAGGAGACUCUAAACAAUGCAACUUACAAACGUGAAAAGGAAAAGCCCAGACCAUUCACCAAUGUCGGCUCUAGUGAAAACAGUAUUCAGUCACCCCAGAGUAUUGUCCUGGAGCGUUUGAGGGACACAAUUUUAAAAACAGAAAAAACAUUUUGUGAAAGCGUUAGAACUCAGUCAGAUAAGACAAAUUCAGAAAUGCCUUUAUAUGAAAAAAUGACACCCCAGAAGACCCAAAGUAAAGGAGCUCAACCUGGCAGCCUAAAACAGACUGAUAUUGGAGUGUUUUUUGGACUUAAACCACUCAAGGACAAAGAUUCAAAAAACCCAGCUCAAGAAUCACAACCUGUCUUAACUGAAGAGAAGAAGAAAGGAGUAAAACCACAAAAGAAAAGCAGGCAAAGGGUGGGUGAAGCCACAACAUCAGCAGGGAGUUCACAGAGUACAGUGGCUACAGUAGGAAAUGGCACUGAAGGAGAAACCAGAAGAGCUAGUGGCAAAGGAUGGAGGAAGAGGACCAAUGCAGCUACAGGGGAUGGAAAAUACCCAUGCUGUCCAUUUUAUAAGAAAAUUCCCGGAACAAAGUUUGUUGUAGAUGCCUUCCGGUAUGGGCCCGUAGAGGGGAUCAGCACCUACUUCCUAACACAUUUCCACUCGGACCAUUAUGACGGACUGCAUAAAAACUCGACUUUUCCCAUCUACUGUAAUAAAAUAACAGGGAACCUGGUGAAAAGCAAACUGAGGGUCCCGGAGCAGUAUGUGCACAUCCUACCAAUGAACACAGAGGUCACUGUGGAGGGUGUCAAGGUCACUCUGUUGGACGCAAACCAUUGUCCAGGGGCUGCGAUGUUGCUGUUCUUUCUACCUGACGGGCAGACAGUGCUUCACACUGGAGAUUUCAGAGCUGAUCCCUCAAUGGAGACCUACCCUGAAUUACGGAGCUGCAGGGUCCAAACUCUCUACCUGGAUACAACAUAUUGCAGUCCAGAGUACACUUUCCCAAAACAACAAGAGGUCAUUAACUAUGCAGCCAACACGGCCUUUGAAUUGGUGACACUCAACCCGCGCACCCUGGUGGUGUGUGGCUCAUACUCUGUGGGGAAGGAGAAGGUCUUUCUGGCCCUUGCAGAUGUCCUGGGAUCUAAAGUGUGCCUAUCCAGGGACAAGUUCAACACCAUGUGCUGUCUGGAGUCAGAGGAAAUCAAACAGAGAAUAACUACAGACUGGAAAUCAGCCCAGGUCCAUGUAUUACCCAUGAUGCAACUGUCAUUCAAGAAAUUGCAAGAUCAUUUGGCCCGCUUCUCAACCAAGUACGACAAGUUGGUGGCUUUCAAACCAACUGGAUGGACGUUCAGCCAGCAGGUGGAGUCAGUGGAGGACAUAGAGCCCCAUGUUAGCGGCAACAUCUCUAUAUAUGGGAUCCCAUAUAGUGAGCACAGCAGUUUUCUGGAGCUGAAACACUUUGUGCAGUGGCUGAGGCCGCUAAAGAUCAUUCCCACAGUGAACAAUGGCCGCUGGGAGACCAGGAAGGCCAUGGAGAGAUGUUUCAGUGAAUGGAUGAAUGAAAUGUGCAUGGCAAAACUCUGAUAUCUUUUAUGCUGCCUAAUAAACAGUACUCAGGGCUUUCAGGCAAAUGAUUCCUUCUUAAUUUGAAGGAUUUUGUGAAGCCCUUUCCCCAUUCAAAUGGCAUAAUAUUUUGAUUUGAAGUGUAUGAUUAAUCUAACGAUGGAGGACUGUUGGAAGGAGUCCUUAUGUCUGAAACCCAUGAAUACCCGUAACUGGCACAAGUUGAAAUAUCAUAGCACGAGUGAUAAUAGUAGUAUUAUGUGUAUUACUAUUCACUUUUAGGGUUUUAUGGUACUUGAAUCAUAUAUUCACCAGCAUCCAUUCCAAAUUUUAUUCUUAAAGUUAAAUGUAUAUCACAUUACUGUGUUCAACUGUAAAAUUGUCUGUUUUUAUAAUCAGCUUUUAAUGCAGAAGAAAAUAAAUAUUCUAAUAUUCAACAUUAAAGAGU